AUGGAGACCUACAACGGUCAUGUGCGCUCUCCACAAGAUGCCAUCAUCCUCUUCGAAGCAUGUCGCAUCGGCAUGUUACCCCGAGUGCAGAGACGACUAUCGGAGAAGGAGCGGCAGUCCAUCCGAUCAGGCUCAGUCUUUGUCUGGGAUGAGCGAGAAGCCGGCAUGAGAAGAUGGACAGAUGGCAAGAGCUGGAGCGCCAGUCGGGUUUCAGGGAGUUUCUUGACAUACAGGGAGAUGGAGGGUAAGCGAGGAGGCACCGGUUUCGCACCACCAACCAAGACUCCAGAGAGCGGCCGGAAUAGUGAAGACGGCGAUGGAGAGGAAGGGCCAGAUGGCUACAGAUAUAAACCUGAUGGGUUGAUGAAACAAUCUUUCAGCAUCACAACAUCGACAAAUCAACAUCUUCAUCUCAUCAGCUACUACUCUCGCGCUCACCCAAACGCACCUGGCUUGCAGCAACCCUCCAAUGAUCCAAACCUCCGCACCGUCCGGCCAGCCAAAGGUCUGUAUCCGGAGUCAACCGUGAAUGACCAACAGAACGUUCCGGCUGUCACCCGCUCUCCUAUGGCGGGCGCGUCACCAUACACUAUGCCGCCUCAGCCCCCUGCCGCCUACCCUCGUCCUGGUGCUGCACAUCCGCACGGUUAUGCCUACGCGCCUCAGCCUCAUCCCUAUCCCAUAGCUGCAAUGCCAAGCCCCUCAAAUGGUUAUGGCCCACUUGCCUUUCCCUCCGGCUACGGUCCGCCACCGUAUGGUCAACCUUAUCCGCUCCCUCACUAUGCACCACAUCCUCCGAUUCCUGUCCCUCAACCACCUCCAAAUUCUCUUGACCAGCGCCCCUCGCGCAGUGAGGAGUCAAGUUCAAGCUUGCCUCCACCCCCGCCACCAUUAAGACCGCAGCAAUCUGGCUCUAAUGAGCAAGCGCAAGGACCAGCUCCUUCUCAGACCCCGCCGCAGCCUCCCGAAGGUCGAUCUCCUCAACCGCCUGUGGCACCAAUCGACCCCAGACUCAUUGGUACUACCCUAUCAGUGCCUCCUGCCCUCGCUCAGACGAAUGGCAACGGAUCUGUGAACAGCACCUUAUCGCCAAUCGAGAACAAAGAAAAUCAGCCGGAAUCUGUCCCGCAGGAAAAUGGCGCCUCGCCUAAUUCUACGAGUCAAGCUCCCCACAUCGCAACCUUAGUCCAUACCUCGAGUGCAGAAGAGCCCCCCACCGAAAAUGGUGUUGGCACAGAAGCCAACCCCGAUCGACCAGGAAGCAUGAGUCCGGGCGGCACCACUAAAAAGGUUGAUGGGCCUGCAGAUAUUCCAAGUCAGAAGCUUGCUUUUGGAGAAGAUAAGAGAGCUUUGAAAGCGCUGGAUAAGGUGUUCAUAUGA